CUCUGUUUUUGCCCCGGGCCAUCGCGCAAGCGAGCUAAGCCGUCGCCGCCACUGACGCGUGUUUCUAGCUGUUUACCGAGCCGCCCGCGUGUGUUCGCCAACUUCCUCGGGCCGCGCUGCUCCCCGCUGAAGCCUAAACCACAUCUGCCUUGAGCUCAGCCACACAGCCGCUGCCGCCUCGCUGCUCGCCACAGACGCAUUGAAUCGAAAAAAAUCAUGGCGCAAGCCGCAGAGAAGAUCCUGAGCACCCUCGCGCCGCACCUAAGGACCGUGGGUGUAGCCCUGCGCGGCGCCGGCGCGUCGCUCAUGGCCUAUGCGCCGCCCGCCGCCGCGGACGUCGGCGCCCAGCUCGAGGCGAACGGCGCCAGGCCCAGCGUGGCCGCCGGCGCAUUUGUUGUGCCGACCAGUGUGGAAUCAACCUGUCCCGGACUUCGCGUCGAUGGCGUGGAGAAGCGCCGUGAAAUUUAAUUCUUGCACAGGCACCCACGGCCACGCUCAUCGGCGACGUGGCGGUAGGCGCCGCCGCCGCCGUGAACUACGGCGCUGUCGUCGAGGCCAAUGGCGCGCGCCUGCCCAUCGAAGGCUACGUGGGCGACGGAGCUGUGGUGAAGAGCCCGGUGGGCGAAGGCGCGCUCGUCGGGCCAAACGCUGUUGUCCUGGGCGCCGUCGAGAGCAACGCCGUCGUCGGUGCCGGAGCUAUCGUAGGCGCCGGCGCCACUGUGUUAGGCAACUUGGGCCCCGGAUCUCUCUUGGAGCCGGGCGCGUCCGUGCCCGCGACGGAGCUCUGGAGCGGCGCACCCGCCGCCAAGGUCCGGGCCCUCGACGCGCGCGACCUCGAACAGGCGACCGCCGCCCGAACGCUCGCCGCGGAGGCCGCCGCGACGCACCGGGACGAGUGCGCCAAGGACUACGCGACCCUCCUCGCGGAGGACGCCGCCUGGGAGGACUCCGAAGCGCGCCACCCCAAGUACUUCAAGCCCGUCGCCGAGGACGCGCUGGACGAGAUGACGCAGGUCGGCGGCAUGGACACGGGCGUCGUGCCGGGCCGCAUCCUCAACUCGAAAAUUCAUGCAGCCGACGGCGCCGCGCCGCACGGGGACGCGACGCGCCACUAGGUGGCUCCUGCUUCUUUAACAUAGUAUAUAUCGGUG